AUGUCCAUGGACUACGUCUCAACACGCCCGUCCCCUUGGAUAUUGAUCCCAACUGCCGUCGCAACUCUCGUCGCCUUCUCCUUCGCAAUGGGCCUCUUCUCCGGGAACAAGAUGCCCACGGUCCUCAUCACAGGCGGAUCCGAGGGCCUAGGCCUCGCUGUCGCACAGCAACUCGCCGCCAAAGGAGCCAACAUCAUCCUCGUGUCUCGAAGCACCGCCAAGCUCCACGAAGCGCUCAAAUCCGUCAAAGCGUCGGCAAAAUCCCCCAGCCAACGAUUUCACCACAUCUCUGCCGACGUGUCCUCCCCCUCCUACGCAACACCUCUCAUCGCCGCCGCCACGGCGUGGAACAACGACGAAUCACCCGACAUUGUCUGGUGCUGCGCAGGCACGUCCUCGCCCCAACUCUUCACCGAAAUGGAAAUGGACUCCCUGCGACGCCACAUGGACGUGAAUUUCUAUGGAACCGCUGAAAUGUCCCACGCCAUCCUGAGAAGCUGGCUGUCUCCUUCCGCUCCCGUCACGCCCGACUCGAAGCAUCUCAUCUUUACUACGUCGACAAUAGCUUUCUACACCGUGCCCGGAUAUGCACCCUACGCGCCUUCAAAGUGGGCCCUGAGAGGUCUGGCAGAUACCCUCUCCCAGGAAGUCAUGAUGUACCCGCAGAAUGUCAAAGUCCACGUCGUGUGCCCCGGGACGAUCCUAUCUCCGGGAUUUGUGCACGAGGACCAGGUAAAGCCGGAAAUCACCAAGAUCUUGGAAGCGACGGACCCGAGGCAAACGCCCGAAGAAGUCGCUGCAGCCUCAAUCAAGGCAUUAGAAAAUGGCGACUACCUUGUGACGGUGAAUUGGUUGGGGAACCUGAUGAGGCUGGGCAUGCUUGGGGGCUCGUUCCGGAACAACUGGGUUGUAGACACGCUCGGCGCGUGGCUGGUUGCCAUUGUAUGGAUCUUUGUGCAGCCCGACCUGCAUGGCAAGAUUAGGGCCUAUGGCAAGGAACACGGGCAUCCUACCAUGCGUGACAAACAAGCUAAUAGGGCUUGA